UUAAGCAACUGUAACUACUCUGGCCAAUUUCUUCAACAGAGUUCAGGGAAAAGAAAAAAGAGCUCCGGCCAGUAAAAUUUUCAAUCAACGAUUACGAAAUCGAAAGCGAAAGCGCCUGCAAAUCGAAAUAUUUACGUCAACUUGAACAUCUCCACCUCAAAUCUUCUCCAAAUCGAAUGCUUAUCCGAUCGUAACUCAACGCCAUUCACUGUUCUUGACAUUGGUAGUUUGUUGAAUUAUCUUUAAUGGCCAGCAAAGAAGUGAUAGAGCCGCUGUUACCAACGUCGUCUAAUACUAUUGGAACAAGAAUAUUAGAUAUUCCCAGUAGCAAAAGACGAUUGAGGCGCACUAAGAGUGCUCCUCAUGCGGAUUCACCUCAAUCAGAGACCACAGGCACAGGCACAGGCACAGGCACAGGCGCAGACACUUGUCCAGUUCCACGUUCAGGAUUAAUUUUUGGAAAUCUUGGUCCGAGUUUAAGAAGAGUAGCCUUAGUUUUAGUACUAUACAUGGGUAUAGGAACUCUAUGUUUUUACCUUGUCAGGUACCAAAUCAAAGGGGAAAAAACAAACGGAAUAGUUGAUGCCAUUUAUUUCACUACUGUGACAAUGACAACCGUUGGAUAUGGAGAUCUUGUCCCAAGCAGUCCUUCCACAAAACUACUAGCUUGCGCUUUUGUCUUCUCAGGAAUGGCCCUCGUUGGCCUAAUACUAAGCAGUGCAGCCGAUUAUUUGGUAGAGAAGCAGGAAAUCUUGCUAUUUAAGACAUUGAAUGCGCACCAAAACGGCCAUUGUGACAUGACAAAAGAAAUUGAUACUGAUAAAGCCAGAAACAAGUGUAUAGUGGUGUUUCUCUUGCUUAUUUUGUUCAUCAUUUCUGGGACUGUUUUUCUUGUUAACAUUGAGAAGUUGGGUUUCAUUGAUGCCUUUUAUUGUGUAUGUUCUACCAUCACUACAUUAGGCUAUGGAGACAAAAGCUUCUCGACUAAGUCGGGGCGCAUCUUCGCCAUUUUCUGGAUCUUGAUAAGUACCAUCACACUGGCUCAGUUCUUCCUCUACAUUGCUGAGCUAAACACUGAAAGAAGGCAGAAGUCUCUGGUGAAGUGGGUUCUGAGUAAAAAGGUGACAAACUUGGAUCUUGAGGCUGCGGAUCUCGAUAACGACAGGGUCGUCGGGGCUGCAGAAUUUGUGAUCCACAAGCUGAAAGAGAUGGGGAAAAUCACAGAAGAUGACAUUGCACCUGUGCUGAAGGAAUUUGAGAAGCUUGAUGUUGAUCAGUCAGGAACGCUGUCCAUAUCUGAUUUAACACUUGCUCAAUCGUCUUAAACCAGAGAGGAUAUGCUGGUGGCCUUCCUUUUAUAUGACAAGAGUUGAGGUUGUUUUUGACAUGUUGCUGUGUUGUUUGUCUUGCUGUUUCUUGUUUUCCAGGAAUCUGGGAGGAAUGUGAACAGCAGCUCUGCUUGCAAAUCAUUCAAUAUUCUUUUGAGAUCGGAUAUCGUCCUUAUGUUUUUGGUUAAGGU